AUGCAGUACGGCAAGGUGGUGUCAGCCGAGGUGAUGUUCAAUCGCGAGACGAACAAGUCGCGUGGCUUUGGUUUUGUCAUUUUCGAAAGUGAAGCCAGUGUGGAGCUGGUUUUACAGGACAAGAACCACGUGAUCGACGGUAAGUCGGUGGAGGUGAAGCGCGCUGUCCCGCGCACGGACGUGCCUCCUCCGCGGUCGGUAUCGUCGCGUGGGGGCUCUUUCAGUGGUCCCUCUGGCCCUGGGUCAGUGGGGAGUCUGGACGACCUUAGCAUUUCAACGACACCACCUGUAUCGCUCUCUGGCAGCGUUCCAUCGACCAGUGGACUUGCUGCUGCGAUGGGGUCUGAGAAGCUAAGCCGGACAACGUCGGCUUCCGCCAACCUCAUGCCCAACGGCAUGCUGGGAGGCUACGCAGCGGCUGUGCGGUUCGGCGGUCGGGGCUUGCCGAAGACUGCGAGCUCGAAUGCCAUGCUCCCGUCUUCUUUAGUGACGUCUCCCCGACCUCUCUCCAGUAACGGAGAUGCCAGCAGCGUGGGCAACGGUAUCAGUCUCGAUACCUCCACAAUGAGUGGUGUUGCCGAUGCCCUCUCCAGCCUCGUGCUUGUGGAUGGUGGAUCGUCGCGCGGUGGGGGCAUUCUGGGUGGAGGCAGCAGCGCAGCUUCACCACCGCUGUCAGCAAGCUCGUCGUCGCGUGGGUCGUCGGAUCACCUGGUUGAUGCAGCCACCGUAUCAGCUACGAAUGGACACCUGUCACCGUUGGACGUUGCUCUGCAUCCUCUUGACAAUGACCCGGUAAUCGAGCAGUGGAAGCUGUCUCCUAGUUCGGGCCCACAGCUCUCUGCGGACAUUCCUCUCGGGUCGCCUUCCGAGUCAAGCUAUUUGCCGCACGGCCUUGUGGAUGAUACCGCCGAGUCAUCUUCAAAUCUAUCGUGGCAAGCGGCGCCGUGGAAGCAGCAGUCGUGGGGCUCUCCGUCAUUACCGCCCAGCCAGCAGCAGCAGCAACCGCCGUUGCCGCCUGCUCCUGCCCCGCUCUUCUCCAUGUUCUCCAACCAGCGCAACGGUGGAACUCCGCUGCACGGCUCAAGUGCCUGGCACGGCGACAACGGCUAUGGAAAUAACGAUGGGGUCGCUGUCAAUCCUAGCGGGGAUGGAUUUGGCAACGGGAUGAUGGGCAUUGGUCUGUCGAUUGACCGGGGUUUUGGAGGCAACGGUGUCGGCCGAGGUACAUUCGGAAUGCACUCGGAGGGCGGCAACAGCGCGCCAUACAGCUCGUUGGGCGGAUUUUUGCAGCAAGAUUAUCUCCCAUCCAACCGCGCACACGAGCAGCAGCAGCAGCACGAGACCGGAGCCGCUGAACACCCGCUCGACUCGGCAUCGUUCGGGCGGAUGAUGAGCGGUGAAGCAACACACGACGCGGACGAUCUGCGCAAGGAGCCCACGUCCCUGGAAUACGACCUGCCCUCGUCCGCAGCAGAGUACCAUCGGCAGUACAGAUAG